AACUGAUUUUAAUUAGAAACAGGCUUAUGUAGAAGUAAUUUGAAAAUCUGUUAUGAAUUUUAACCCUUCAAUAUAAUUCAUUAUGUUGUUUAGAGACUAUUUAAGCCAUUAACAGCCAAAGAUUGUUUUCCCAUUGAUAAAUCUUUGGUCUUCAAUUAUUUUAAAAUCCUUUUUCAGUUAGCAUUAGCUCCUAAAAGACAAAUUUGCUAUUGUACAUAUUUCUUAUGUAAGUGUCUUGCUUAGCUUGGUCAUAAUCUUUAGUAACCUUUUGCUGUGACUAAGGAAUUUAGACCCUUGGGACACUUCUAUGAUACCAUGCAUUUUGUGUUAAUAUAUUUUAACAAAAAGAAACCUUAACAAUUCAACCUAAAAAGCACAGUUGUUAAAUAUUAAUCCCCAGGUAUCUACCCUUUUGUUGUUGUUGUUACUGUUAAUAAUAAUGCCUUUUAGUAUUUUGUGGAGCACUGUCUUGCUUGCAUUUGUUAUUAAUCAUAUAGUUUAGGCCCUUUGUAAGUAGCUCGCUCAAGGUAGUGUUCAUCAAAAGAAUUUUAAUAUUUUGAAAAGCAUGCCAUAAUAGAGUAAGAAUAAGUUGAUUAUAGUAUUUUCUUAGAAGUACUUGCUGAAUUUAGAAAACAGAAUUUUUGGGUUUCUGGUUGCUUUUUUAUUGUUGUUCCAGCUAGAAGAGUAGUAAAAAGGAAACUUUAGCUUUGGUUUGGUUUGAGGAACAGAACAACAGCAGAGAUGAGAAGGUGAGGAGACUGGAAAGUAAAUGCCAAUAGUAUUGGUGGAAUUUGGGGAGUUUUUAUUUGAAGAGUUGUGGUUCAUUGGUAGGAGGACAAAAAUGAACAGUGACCAAGGAAUGGCCCUAAGUAGAGGCUAACUUUAAAGGCAGUCAAAAGAUUAGGGUUUAUAAAUGGACUCUCUUGUUGGGCAACAUUUUUCUUUGUCUGUGAGAACAAAUUAGGAAAAUAAAGUUCUAGUUUCUUGAUUGUUCCUUUUAAUCUUAGGGUUUUGAUGAUGGUUAGCUUGCUUUCAAAUACCUAGACAGGAAGGUGUUAACCUUUGGCCUCUCAAAAGCUCUAUAAAUCUCUGUGUACAGAAUUUUGUGUUUGUUUUCAUUUUGGUGUGGAGUAUCUUUGUAAGUUUUAUCCUAUUUUCAGAGUAGUCACAGGACCAUAAAAGGAUUAAAGAAGGAUAAAAGAACCCUGAUCUAGAUCUUUGCUGCUUCUUCCUUAGAGAAUCCUUUCAGAAAUAAUGCCUGUUUUGUUCAUGUGUCCUGAGAGAACAAGCAUUGUGACAUACCUGGCUAACUUAAAAGCAGAUUGCCUGUGAAGCACAAUUUGAGUCCAAUUUUUUGAGGUAUGGAGUUUUAGCUAUCAUGGCUGGGUUUUUUUACUCAAUCUCAAAUAAUAGGGCUCUGGUUAUUUUGCAGAGUAUCUCUGAAGAAUGGACAGAAUUGCCCUGGCUAACUACAAGCUACGGUUCACAGUGGAUAAAUGUUGGCGUGCUUUUUUACUUUCUGACUUUUUAAAAUUUUGCUUUUAUAUCUUGUAGUUUCCAAUCAAUCUUAUAUGAUCGCUAUUUUAAAAUUCAGUAUAAAAUCUUUUCUUAUGUAGUUUAAAACUAAAGUGUGUGUCUAGUGUUUUUCUUCAAUGAUUUAGCAUUUCUGAAAACAUCAAGUUCUCAAUUUACCCAUAGUCCAAAAGGGGGGUGUCGAUUGAUCUGAGAAAACAAAAUAAUUAAUUUAGGAAAUAUACAGCUUUUCAUUCUUUUAGUUUCCAGUUUUCUAUUUUAAUUUUUUUAAUGAUUAGGUAGUAUAUGGUGUCAAAUAGAAAAUUAUCAGUUGCAUGGUUCAAGAAAGCCAUUCAUCUAAUGUGCCUGUGAACCCUAUAAAUGGUUAAGUAAUUUCAUAUGAAUAGCUGCUUUUACCAUGCUUAAUAUUUAAAAGUUUAAAAACUUUCUGAAAUGGGAGGCAGUUUUUGUACAAUAUAUACAUAUGUAUUUAAGAAGUUACUGAUUUGCAUGUUUAUUAAGCCUCAUUUGCUAAUACAUGAUAAAUUUUAUAGAAUAAAAGGUGAAUAUGCAUUAAAGGUUCAUUUUAAUGAAGAUGAAACAUAAAAAUGAGUUGUGUGUGACAUUCUCACUUGAUAUCCAGAGGAGACUUUGCAAACCUAAACUUCUGAUUAUUUCUGAUUUCAGAGAUGCCAGAGUGGUAAAAGACAUGGCAACAGGAAAGUCUAAAGGAUAUGGCUUUGUCUCCUUUUUCAACAAAUGGGAUGCUGAAAACGCCAUUCAACAGAUGGGUGGCCAGUGGCUUGGUGGAAGACAAAUCAGAACUAACUGGGCAACCCGAAAGCCUCCAGCUCCAAAGAGUACAUAUGAGUCAAACACCAAACAGCUAUCAUAUGAUGAGGUUGUAAAUCAGUCUAGUCCAAGCAACUGUACUGUAUACUGUGGAGGUGUCACUUCCGGGCUGACAGAACAACUAAUGCGUCAGACUUUUUCACCAUUUGGACAAAUAAUGGAAAUUCGAGUCUUUCCAGAUAAAGGAUAUUCAUUUGUUCGGUUCAAUUCCCAUGAAAGUGCAGCACAUGCAAUCGUUUCUGUUAAUGGAACUACCAUUGAAGGUCAUGUCGUGAAAUGCUAUUGGGGCAAAGAAACUCUUGAUAUGAUAAACCCUGUGCAACAGCAGAAUCAAAUUGGGUAUCCACAAGCUUAUGGCCAGUGGGGCCAGUGGUAUGGAAAUGCACAACAAAUUGGCCAGUAUAUGCCUAAUGGUUGGCAGGUACCUGCAUACGGAAUGUAUGGCCAGGCGUGGAGUCAGCAGGGAUUUAAUCAGACACAGUCUUCUGCACCAUGGAUGGGACCAAAUUAUGGAGUGCAGCCACCUCCAGGACAGAAUGGCAGCAUGUUGCCUAAUCAGCCUGCAGGGUAUCGAGUGGCAGGGUAUGAAACCCAGUGAAAAAGGACUCCAUAAUCUAAAGCCAGUGGCUUGAGGCUACAGGGAGUGUAGUAAAGCCGUUGUUUACUUAAAGAUUUAUCAAAUCAGUCAGUGCAAAUGUCAGAUACAAUGUAUUUAUUUAAAAGAUUCAUUUUUUAAUCAUGAAAUUACUUAUCAUCCACAUUGUUUUAAAAAGAAACAAGAUGCUGGAUGUCUGCCAAUUUUUGCCUUCAUUACCUUUUUUGAUAAAGUUUCUCAGAUCCUUGUUUCAAAUACAAAUGCAGGGAUUGCUGCCACUUUUUUAAAAUUAAGAGGCAGAAAAUUGCACAAUGUUGAACUUUUUUCCACUAAAGUAGUGUGCAGUUCUAGUUUGCAUUCCUGAUAUGAUUUAAAACAUGUAAUAUAAAGAUGUUAAAAAAAAAUGAAGAACCAAAACUGUGCAAAGUCUAGAAGUUCUUUGUAAUCUUCAGCUUGUGCACAAUUCUGUUUUAGGGUUUUUUGUUUUUUGUUUUUUUAAAAGCAUUGUUUGAACUGUCCCAUCUCCACUGUUUUCCCUUUGGGGUUUUAAAAUAUAAAUUAUAAGUUUACAUCAUUUUUGUAACUACAUUUUUCACAAAUUUGUCUUGCCUUAUUAAAUUUCUGUAAAAUAUACUUAAAUGGGGAAAAAAAUGAUGUUCACUUAGAUUGAAAACUUUUCUCAGAUGGAUUGAUAAUUGCAUUCAUUUUGUGUUUUAUAUGAGAAGGUGCCUCAAGAAUUCCCUCUUGGAUUUGUUUAAAGGAUUUUUAUCUUCUGUGAUAAACUUUGCUGUGUACCAGGAAAUAUAAAAACAAAAACUUGCUACUAAAGAAAAUCUCUGAAAUGUGAGACGUUCUUAUGAGCCUGUGUUAAUUUCAUGUGUCAACUUCUACAUUUAUGUGUAUUGUUUCAUUCUGUAAAAUGUUUUAGCAAUUUAAUAUUUUGCACAGUUAGCAAGCUUUGUAUGUCAUUUCCUUCUUAAAGGCAUCAUGCAGAGUUGACAGGAGAUUUCUAAGGUUUUAAGUUGUUUGCAUGUGAAUAUCAAAUACACACUUUGGUAGUCUUUGAAUACAAAGUCAUCUGCUCUUGUUUUUCAAGAAUUUUGAGACACAAAGUUGUAUGUAAAGGAAUAUAUUAAUUUGCCAUUUUCUAGUUAUAUUUACUCAAAAAGAGUAAAUUAACUUAAUUUUAAUACGUACAAAUGAUAGCUGUGAAACUGUAGAAUAUCCUAUAUCAGGCUUGGAGUUCGUUGUGCACUUCAAAAUCAGCCUGAAGGACCAGCCGGGCAAAGCAUUUUUUAAAUGUUCAGAGGCCAAAAGAUAAACAAAACAAAACAAAACAAAAACCUUAAAAUCCUACCUCCUUAAACAGCCUUCAAAGAGGAGAAUCCUCAGUGCAAUCAUUAUUUUGAUUCUUUUGGUACCUGUUUUCCUGGAGUUCCCAAUUUUAUUAUUUUGGGGUGGCUCCGAGCAUUAGGUUUAAUCUUUGAUGGCAUUGUUCUAGUUUUGAAAUUUCUAGUACAUUUCAGAGUCUCUUAGAAGAGUUGUGGGAGAUUUUUGUUUUGUUUUCAGUGAAAGUCACAAACUUUCUUCUUUACUCACAAAGGGGAAGAGUCCUCAGUAUACAUAUUUGGAUGGUUUGUUGUUUUUAAGACCUUCAGAGAGCUCCUAGCAUUUAGCAACAGAAAAGGCCUAUGAAAUCUUAAGUUUCCUGGCCUUGUCUCUUCCAGGUAGGAGCAAAUGAAGCUGGUCUCUAAAGCCAAUAUUCAUGUAAACCAGAGCCCAGGAAAGACAGCUCAUAAGUGUUUAAUUCUCUGGAGCUCAAUUCUAUGCAGUUGUACUGAUGUUUCAUUACGUACGUCACUGUGUAUUUUUAAGUGUUGAUACAUUAAAAGUUGCUUUAUGGAAGAUGAGUAAAUUUUUUAAAUACUUGGGAAUUUUAUUUCCUUGUUAACGUCUACAGAUCAGGACAUGGGACCAGAAGCAGCCUAAAUGAAAUACUCAAAAAGUAAAAUAUCAGGAAGCUAUUUUUAGAUUCUUCUGGUUUAUGUUUCUAUUUUAAGACCCUUAUUAUUUUUCUUACUCAAAAAUAUUUUAUUUCCUGUACAUCUGUGGACUGCAGGGUAAAUUAUUUGGGCAUAAGUAAUUUAAGCAAAAGUAUAGUUUUUCUUUCAUUUUGACUUUCUCAAGUAACACUUUUUAUUAGCCAGUAUAUUUUCUUAUUGCACAAAUUUUAAAGUGUACAUUAACUACUUUUUGAGAAGAAACUGGUAUUUCUCAAAAAAGUUACUACUGAACAAAUUGACAUUUCAGGAACAUUGCUAACUUUGGUUUAAAUCUUACUCCUAGUGUUAAAAUCAUUAAAAGAUUUUUUAGUCUAAAAAUAAUACUGGUAUUAGUAUCAGGUAAGGAAAUUAAAGUUUUAAAAAUGGUUUCGUUCUCUGCAAUAUGCAUUCAGAUUUUACUAUAAAAUACAUCUGGUACUGUAAAGAACCUGAAGUGAUUCACACUUAAUGGGUCGUUAAUCCAGUAUUCUUUGCCCUGACUGUUUGGAUAUUAAAGUUCCUUUAUGUUUUCUAUAA